UCUUCUUCGGUGAUCUUUUUGUAAAUGUAAACAUUCAAGAUGGCUGCGAGGACAGCAUGCUCGAGUUUCGAGAGUUUGCCAUUAAAAAAACCUUUAGAAAGUUCUGUUAUCCAAUCCAUAAAGAGUCUUGGUUUUACUACACCUACUCCAGUACAAGCAAUGUGCAUACCAUUGAUGUUAUCAAAUAAAGAUGUUGUUGCAGAGGCGGUUACAGGUUCAGGAAAGACGCUAGCAUUUUUAAUCCCAGUGGUUGAGAUGUUGCUUGGUCGCGAAGAAAAGCUUAAGGCGCAUGAAAUCGGUGCAGUUAUUCUCACACCCACGAGGGAGCUUGCUCAACAGAUCUACACAGUCUUAACGGCGUUCACUGAAAACACGGAACUUACUCAAAUGCUCUGCAUUGGUGGAAAAAGCAUGAGUGACACCGUGAAACAAUUCAUAACAAAGGGAGCACAUAUAAUCGUUGCGACAGUUGGAAAGUUUUGUGCGUUGUUGGAAUUACAACAAGAAGGAUUCGACUGGCGGAAAUCUGUCAAGUCUUUAGAAGUGUUAGUGUUAGACGAAGCAGACAGAUUGCUAAGCCAGAAAAACUUUGAACUUAAUUUAACGAAUAUAUUUUCACUCCUCCCAAAGCAGCGAAGGACUAGUUUGUUUUCGGCAACACAAACAGAUAAAAUCGAAUCGUUUGUACGUGCCGGGUUAAGGAACCCGGUGCAAGUUGUUGUCCGCGAAAAGAAAACGACAGAUUGUGUGAAAAGGACUCCGGAUUCUUUGCAGAAUUAUUAUUUUAUUUCCGAAGCAGACCAAAAGGUGAAUCGGUUGAUCACAUUGCUCCGGUCAAAUAGAGAAAAUAAGAACAUUGUAUUUUUUAACACAUGCGCAUGCGUGGAUUACUAUAGCAAAUUAUUAACUAUACUCUUGAAGACCAUUCCAGUGGUUUCGAUACAUGGCCAAAUGAAGAAGAAAAGAAACGAAAUCUUUAAGAAAUUUCAUGAAAUGUCUAAAGGUGUUUUGAUGUGUACAGACAUCAUGGCGCGUGGGGUGGAUUUUCCAGAUGUUCGCUGGGUAAUUCAGUACGACCCACCGAGUAAUGCAGAGUCCUUCGUUCACAGGUGCGGUCGCACGGCCCGCAUGGGAAAUACUGGCAACGCAAUAAUAUUUCUUCUACCCAACGAGAGUGCCUAUGUUGAUUUUGUUUGUAUUAAUCAAAAGGUUCCUCUAAAAGAAUUUACAGAUUUAAAUGAAACCGCUUCAAAUUGUAUUCGUAAAAUUCGGAAGCUUGCUUUAAAAGACAGGGAUAUAUACGAAAAGGGGAAAAGAGCAUUUGUCUCGUUUAUUCAAAGUUAUCAGAAACACGCGUGUGGUAUAUUAUUUCAAUUCAAAGAACUCGAUGUACCAAAACUCGCGACUGGAUUUGGACUGGUGCACCUGCCAAAAAUGCCGGAAUUACGAGACAUGAACUUAUUAGAGUUUAAAGCUUCCGAUGUCAAGCCGGAAAACAUACGGUUUAAAGAUAAAGUUCGAGAAAAACAACGAAAAUUAAAGUUAGAAAAACAAAAACUGGAACCCGUUCAGGAAAAGUUAUUUCCUAAGAAGACAGAAAGUUGGUCGAAAAAGAAAGAAAAAAUAGAAAAGAAGCAAGAACGCAAAGAGAAAAAGAAACAGAAGAGAAAGUUGACAGAAGAAGAAGAAUUGUCAGACAAUAACGACAUUGAUAAUUUGUUGCGCGAAGCAAGAUUGCUAAAAAAAUUGAAAAAGGGGAAAAUAUCCGAAGAACAAUUUCAGACAGAAGUUAACGACGAAGAAAUAGAUUCUGAAUGAAUUUAUUUAUUUAUUUCCCAUAAUGUAGCGAAGAACUUAUUUAAUCGACAAUAAAAAAAUACGUACUUUCUAAAAUGUUAAGAUACACUUCUUUAGCCACUUUGCGAAGUUAGCAAAAAGCGUCAACUCGCGAAUCUUCACAAAAGUGGUUAUGGGAUAGGAAAGAUGGUUGCACUUUAAAACGCGCCCGUUUUAGGAAAUAAUCCACAUUAGGGCUCACAAAGGCCCUGAAAUUUGAGAAAAACGACCACGCUGACGUCAGCAACAAUUGACAUAUUUCUAGAGUUGGUAUCUAACCAAAUAAUCUAAUAUCCUAAGUCCGCUGUAAACAUUGACAAGUUCAAAUUCCGUGAAUCUGGUAUAGAAACGACUGAUAUAACUACUUAUGAAGGCGAACUUUGAAAAUUGUCACCUUGUUUAAAUAUAUUGAAUGUAGCUUACGUUACGGCUGAAACAUUGCCGAGAGGUUUGUUUUGUUUUACGCAAUACGUAUAGUAUCUUGAGCAUUUUUAUUUUACAGUUGAUCAUAUCACCAUAGUUUAUGUCCACGACAAAAAUUUUUAAUUCGCUAAACUGUAUGCCCGCGAAAGCAGGAUUUGGAAAAAAUUAAUAUGGUUAAA